UGACAGUACGCCGCCCUCGAUCCAACCGUUCUCAGCCAUUUUCAAUCGUCUGUCCCAGCAAUAAAGGAAGUUUUACGGAGAAAUACGAUCAUUAUAGUUUCGCGUGGGUCGGUGGGUGGGUAGAUAGGUAUAUAGAUAGAUAGAUAGAUAGAUAGAUAGAUAGAUAGAUAGAUAGAUAGAUAGAUAGAUAGAUAGAUAGGUACGUGCGUGUUUCUGAUUCGUAUUAAAUAUCGAGGAAGAAUUUACGUACGUUUACGAUAAAUUACAUCUUAACCCUCUUUUCUCAUUUGGUAACGGGGUCAGUCGAUAGAAGAACAAAACCCUACGUUGUGAGUGAAGUUGUUAGUCGUGUGGUGUUGCGUGCGCGUCGACAGAGUUUACGUGCGCGUAUAUGUGUAUCCGUGUGUGUAUAAGUGUGCGUUUAUAUACGCGUGUGGGUUGAUACGUGUGCAUAUUAGGUUUUUCUUGGUAUAGAAAAAGAGAGGAAUAGAAGGAGGUUUAGUUAAAGUGGGUUCGUGGGAUACAAAUAACUGUGCCUCAUAUUCGACGACCAUUUUCUUUUUUUCUUUUCGCUUCAUUUUGUUCUUUCUAUCUCUUUUCCAUUCUUUAUGCGAUUUUCUCUCUCUCUUUCUCGUUCGAUCCCUUCCUCGUAUUCUUUUUCUUCUCUCGGUUUUAUAUUUUCAAAGGAACGAACGAACGAAAUUUAUGCGUUUGUUUUAUUCUUCUUCUCUCUUACUCCGUUUUCCUUUUUCUUUUUCUUUAAUAUUGUUUUUUUACUGACUUUAUUAAACUCAUAGUUAGUGAAUGGAAUGGGCGGAAACGGAAGAAGAUAUGUUUAGGUGUUGGAAAGGUCGUGAGGAAAGGGUCUCCUUAUUAGAGCUAAGGACAUCCCACCGAGAACGGUCGAUCGAUCGUUAAGUGUCUCGAAAAGAAAGAAAAAGAAAAAGAAAAGGAGAAACAAAGGGAAAAGAAAAAACAACGAUGGAACGGAGUGUGUUUUAAGUGUUGCAAUCGGUGCGUUUGUAUUCGUCGAAUCGGUGACCUAUCAAUAGUGUCUCUUCGAACGUUAUUUCAAGAAAGCAUCGACAAAAUCGUGAUUAUAUAUUAUCGAGAGAAAAGAAAAUGAUGAUGAUGACAGAGAAAUGAAUCGAAGUGGAAACGUAUAUACGUAAAAAAGACGUAUACAUAACAAAAGAAAGAAAUACACACACACACACACAUAUAUAUAUAUCUAGAGAGAGAGAACAAUCAAUGAAAUUUUUCUUAUAAUGAGAUCGCAUGAUAUUUUGAAAUUUUAUUCCAUUUAUAUACCGUUCGAUGGGACAUUAAAGUGCUUGGAAUUGAAAUCUAAAGUUUCUCACGAAAUAUAUACGACAGAACGGCUUUCUCUCGAGAGUAGAAGCGGAUCCACCUUCGUCGUCAGUCCGAUCCCUUUCGAAGCGGUGGCGUCAGGGGCGAGUGAGUGAACGCGCCCGCGCGUUCACCAGAGAGAAAGAAAUAGAGAAAGAAAAAGAGAAAGAAAAGGAAAGAGAGAGAGAGAGAGAGAAAGAGUCCGCGUCCAUCGGUGCAUUCAAGGUGGGCGGAUGCCGCUGUCCGCGUCAAGGACACGUGUCCCCGGGCGAAGGAGUUGAGAACAAUAAGGAUUUCAGCGUGCCGAGAAUGCAAACUCUUUCGUUACUACCAUCGUUACCAUCGUUGGCACAGCUUCACCAUAAAUUGUUUUUCUACCAAUCCAAUACUCGACUUCGAGUUGUAAUAAGGGAUCACGUUGGAAAUCGCUUUACACAAAUAUAAUAAAACAAUCGCAAAGUAAGAAUUUCAUCGAAAAUUUCAUCGACAUUGGAGGUCGAGCUGUCGAAAAAGAAAAGAUCGAAAAAAAAGAAGAAAGCAAGAAAUUAUCGAAUUUUCAAAAAAACGGUGUUCUCAUCUAUUCUGCUCUUUUUCUUUUUUCUCUUUUGCUGGUGUCCUUUCCUCGAUAUCGAUAAUUUAGCCAGAUGGAUUCGGAUAAAACUGGGAGAUAAUAAUCACAUCCUAGGAAGAUUCUAGUGACAUUCAUUCGCGAUAUGAGUCAUUUAGAUUGGAAGCUGUUCCGUCGGAAGAUGCUCCGACGAAAUUCUCGAUAGAAAAUCGACGAUUGUUUUUCUUUAUUCUUUCUUUAUUUUCAUCUUCCUCUUUCUUUCUUUUCUUUUCUUUCUCAAGAAGAUAGGAAUAAUAAGAAUUAAUAAAUAAAUAAUAGAAGGAAUGAAAUAAUGAGACAAUCGAGAACCAUCAAUAUGUUCAAUCAAGCUUGGAGUGUUUCUAUUAUUUCUCUAUUUUUUUCUCUUUUCUUUUUCUUUACUUUCUUUUUCUUCAUCUUCUUUAUCCUUCUCUUUUCAAGUCGAGAGAUUGAAGAUAGAAGGGAUUAGAAAAAAAAGUCAGAGAUAGAAAGAAAGAGAGAGAAAGGGAUGAAACUAGGAUUGAAUCGGAUGAAUCGAUAUUGGAUUGAAAGUUGUUAAAUAAUGGAAAAAGGAUUUACAAACGAGUGUAAAUCUAAGUAGAAACUUGACUUUUCGAAAGGAUAGAAAAGAAAAUAAAAGAAAAAAGAAAAAGAAAGAGAAUAAAUGGAGAGAAAUGAAGAGUCGAUACAAUUAUAUUCGUGUAUUUCGCGUAUUUUUCUCGAGUUAAGAAAUCGAGAAAAAGGAAACUAUAAAAAGGAUCGUGAUUGUGAAAGAUAGAUAGACAGAGAUAAAGAGAGAGGAGAGAGCAAAAAGGAAAGAAGAAAAUGCAGGACAGAAUAAACUAAACUAAUCAAGAUGUACGAUGAUUCAUUUCGAUUUCGUUACGAAACUGUAUCCUCGAAAUAACUCGAACGUUCUUGUAUGAAUCAAUCAUGAUUUUCUUUUGAAAAGAUAAAUGAUAGAAGGAAACGAAGAGUUCCUAGUACGUCGAAGGAUCUUUGUUUCUAAAAUUUUCUUCGACUAAAAAGACAGAAAGGAAAAAAGGAGAAGAAGAAAAAAGAAAGAAAGAAAGAAAGAAGAAGAAGAAGAAGAAGAAGAAGAAGAAAUCCUUGCAAUUUCAAGAGGACCAAGAAUUAAUAAAGACUGUAUGAAAUUUAAAAAAGAAAGAAACAGAGAUAAAUAAUUUCGUUGUGAAAUCGAAUGUGUAUCCUCGAAAUAACUCGAAUUCUCAUACGAAUCAAUCAUGAUUUUCUAUAAAAAAGAUAAACGAUAGAACGGAAUGAAAAGUUCCUAAUACUUCGAAGGAUCUUGAAGUCGAAAAUUUUCUUCGACUUGGAAAAGCAAAAUUAAAAAGAAGAAUAAGAAUAAAGAAUCCUUGUGACCCGAAGAGGACCAAGAAUGAAUAAAAAGACUGUAUAAAAUUCAAGAAAGAAAAAUUAAAGAUAAAGAAAAAUAUAGAUAAAGAGAUGCUCUAAGAUGAUUAUAAGAGGAUGAAUCAUAUAGAUGGGAAUCUUUAUGUCCGGAAUAAGAGAUGUAAAUCUUUUCAAUUACGAUUUACGAAAAGAUGAAUGAAAGAAAGCAAUGAAAAGUCGUUAGUUCGUCGAUCGUGUUAUCCGUUAUUAAGAAGGAUCUUUUUAACAAGUUGUGGAAGUUGGAGUAGAUAGAAAAAGAUAUACGAUCUUUUUGGCGAUUUGAAGAAUAAGAAGAGGAACUAGAAAAGAUCGUAGGAAACUCGAGAAAGAAAGAGAGAUACAGAGAGAGAGAGAGAGAGAGAGAGAGAGCCAGAGACAGAGAAAGAGAGAAAGAGAGAGACUAACAAGUUGAACAGGAUGAAUCAUUUCGAUUGGAAGCUUCUACGCCGGAAGAAGGUGAUACCGGCCGAUCGUCGUUUACCAGAGAAAGAAGAAAUAUGGACAUUACCGAACGAUCAACAGGAAACGUCGACAUCGUUCGACGAGCUCGUCGAUGAUAGAUCCAAGCUUUCGCAGGAUUUAGAGAAAAACCUAUCGUGUAAAACCCAACAAGAAUCAUUUUCUUUGGAUAAUGCGGAUAACGGGGACGUUAAUUUGCCACGUAGUCAAGAAACAAGGAAGAGCAAAACCAAGAGAGUUAAGAGUUAUCUUCGGAAAUGCAAGGGUGCAUUGUCGAAGGGCGACGAAACUGUUUCUGAAAAGAAACGUCAAGAGAAUUGUACGUCUUGGUAUCUCGAGGAUAAUCAUCAAUCGGUAUCGACUCGUCGCGAGGAGAUAGAUGAUUAUGUAGAAAAGUAUACUGAUCUUUCCGAGGAAAGAUCGCAGGAAGAAAAAUAUGAUCAGGAAGUUAUAACGAACGAUAACUUCGUCGAGGAUCCAUUAUUCGUUAAGUCAUCGAAGGAUGAUCAUAGGAUCGAUCUUGAAAGUGAAAGUAGGACGAUCGUUUCCUCGGAUAAAAGUGACCCAUCCGUUUCUAACGAAAAGUGUCAAUCCGAAAGGAAAUCUUUUAGAAAGGAGAACGAUAAAGAGAUUGACGAUACGAAUUUCGAUUCGGUGAUAAUCGUUGCUUUAGCAAAGGACCAUACGAAUUUGGACAAGUGCGAUUCUAACGAUACUCUGAUAGCUGAAGUGUCCGAGUUACGUGUUAACGAGUUUAACGUUUCUUCCAAUUCUACGAAUUUUCUCAAAGAGAAUGACGAAAGAGAAGAGAAUAUCGUCGAUUCUUUUAAAAUUCAGAGAGAACGGGAUGAAGAAGAAAAAGAAAAAGAACAAGAGGAAGCUAAUGAAGAAGUAGAUAAAGAUGGAUCGAACGACAUCGAAAUCCCAUUGAUCUUGCCUCUACCCGCGGCUCGUGGAGAUGUCGCUUCCUUGGUAAGGAAUCUACUUGGACCAAUUUAUGGCGAUGGUGUUAUCAAUCUUUUGAUAAGACAGGCGCGUGACAUUCUAGUAUGUGCUUAUCAUGGAAACCUGGAGAACUUUGUCAAGUCUUAUCUUUCACCCGCUGCGUUUCUACUCUCCAAGGUGAAAAGCGUCGCUUCAGAAACGGGUAAUGAAUUAGUGGUGCCUGAAGGUUGGCCUCUUACGAUAGGCGGGAGAGCCCUUGUCCUCCAGCUGGGCGAGCUCGAAGCUUCGGCACUAAGACUCGGGGAAUGUUACCUCUGCGUGCGGAGUGCAGCCGUAACUGCGAGCACUUUGUCGAGCGGUGCCGUGGCCGCUGCUGCUGCUGUUGAAAUCGUCGAGCGGAAUACCGUCGAGAUAGCAGUGAUCUGGCGAGCAACGUCGAUGAGGGCCCCAGGGAUCCUCGGUUGGGAGCGCGAGGACGAGUUUAUGGAUUGGCGAGAGCCAUCACGAAAAACUCAACACGGUUCGACAACAACGGGCUCGAAUAGCGGUGCUAGUACAAGUGCGACAACGACGGUAGCCCGAGCACGUCGUAGGUCGCGAGAAACUGCUAAAAUUUAUAAGGAAGAGGAAGAUAGAUCUAAGGAAGUAAAAGAAGAGUCGGAUGUUGGACAUACGAUGUUGACGGCUAUGACGCCGGUUACGAAAUCGAGUUCGGCGUCGAGCGUCAUAGGUUGGAAAAACGAAAUAGAAGAUAACGAAGGUGGUUUCGAGAAAUAUUCUCAACAACAACAACAACAACAACAACAACAAAUACAAGAAGAAUCAAACGAAGACAGUUUCGAAUCUUCGUCUAGUCUUUCAGCAAAAGUGAAAAGGUGCGCCAAAGUUGUAUCACCAACAACGAUGGAAAAGUGGAAGGAAAGUGGUAGAUGCGAGACGAGAAGCAGGCCGAUCGCUCCAGAGGAUUUAAAGAGUCCCCUUAGGUUGGAGCAACUCGUAGCAAGGCAGGAAGUUGAGACGAGGAGAGAAACGAGGAAGGAGCAACUCGAGGAGCAUCAGCAUCAGCAGCAACGGCUGCAGAAGGCUCGACACCUCGAGGACGUUACCGACGAGGAACUGCCGACUUACAUCGCCAAUCUUCUCGUCACCGUUGAACGAAAGAUCGAGAGGGUCUCUCUCGAUGAUCUUACAUUUCCCUGUCCCGCAUGUAGGAACAUAGACACGGACGAUCCUCUUCUUGGAUGCAAGUGUGCCGGUGAGGAUUGUGCCUGCGGCGAACACGGUGCUGAAGACGAGUGUGAUUGCGGUCUGGCAUCUUCCUCUUCUCUAUCUACUAAAUCAAGGAAAGAUCAAUGUGCUAGAAGCUUUGAAGUUGCUGGUAUCAAGCAUAUCGAUAGCGACGACGAGGAGGAAGUUCGUAUGGGAUUCGGAACGAAAAAACGAGUCGACGAAGUCACUUCACCCAGGACGAUUCAUGACAUACCGGAACACGUUUUGACAUGUGGUCUGACACUACCCGGAUAUACGGACACAACAGGAAGACCAGUUCUCGAAUUCGAGGACACAACGAAGAGGGAAACCCUCACAGUUAAGGAGAUUUCAUCCCUUUUGCUCUACCUCGCCCGUUUGCCAAGUUCCGAACAAACGAAGGAUGGAUUGAGCCUUCUCGUUCUUGGUGAAUCUAACGAAUGUUUGGAUCUAUUGGAUAAAGCAUUGAUUCUGUUACAAGGGAGAAUCAACGUGAGUCAAGCAUUCGUUUUACGAAAUACCAAUACAGAAAACUCAACGAACGACUCCAUGUUACCUCUAAGUCGUGUUAAGACAAUCGUAAUAACAGACACGACUAACAAUAAAUUUAUACAAAGAGAAAGGCGCGAAGGGAAUUAUGAUCACCAGCAAUGGAUAACAUUUUACAAGGAAUACGAUGGACUAAUGAGCGAAUGGCAUGCAGCUGGACGCAGAUUAGCGCUCGAAAUGUCAGAGUUAAAGGAAUGCACGAGUUUGUCUGGCACCUUGACGCCUCUCGGUCGGCUCCUAACGGACCCAACAUUGAGAAGAACGUCCAGGGAUGCUGAAGUAGCCAUUGCAGCUUUGGAAGAGCGGGCUACGUCUCUUUUACACAUCGAUUACGUCAAAUCAUCUCUACAACGAGCAAGAAGAUUGAUGGAGGAAGUCGGUAACGCGGCAACGAGAUUGGAGUCAUCCUUUGAAUCACGUCGAGCAACUAUACGCAAUCUUGCUGUACUCCGAAGUAUCGAGGAUCAAGCACACGAGGUAUUAUCGUGGCUUUGCAAGAAAGGCGAGGACGUAUUGUCGAAACACGCACAACACUCGGCGACGACGUUAACGGCAGCACGUCAUCACGAGAGAGAAUUCGAAAAGUUUUAUUUCACGUCGAUGAGACACAUCGACAAAGGAAGCGACCUCGCAGAGGCGGCGAGUGCGAGCGGACUACGUGAACUCGCUCGAUCCUUGAAACAACAUCUUCGAGGAUUUGGUUCCAGGUUGGAGGAUCGACGCGAGUAUCUCGAGGAUACGUCGAGAUGCUGUCUAUUGCAGGACCGUGCUUACGAGUGGGCGCAGGAGGCUCGCGUGGCCGCCGAAAGGAGAUCCCAACAAUUUCUAAUGGCGAGGCCACCACUCCCACCGGAACAUUUCAACGAGAUGAUGGCGCUCGCUGAAAAGCUCGGUAACGAGAUACUUCUUGAACAAUGUCGCAUAGCUAGGAAUAAGUGUGCGGAAGCUCUCGAAAUUGCUAGGACUUCUUCGGCACCUGGCUCACCAGCCAGAAGAAGAUCCUUUGCCACUUCGGAUUCUUCGACAUCGUGGGACGAUAGUUUGACGAAGAGGACUUCAUGGGACGAUAGUGAUAGCACCGCAUCUUACGCAUGUCCGAUGGAAAGUGUUGGAUCCGGUGGAAGUGGAGGUCGGCCAGUAUUGGACAAUAUAGCUGAACUUUGGGAAAGUGCCGAACAACUUCUCGAUUGUUCACCACCAAGAACACCACCGAGAAGUCCAGCACCACGAAGAUUGGUCAAACCUCCUGUUAAUUCGCAUCUUCAUAGGGCGGCUAGUAUAGCACCCGGAAUGAAAGCAAAAAAAACGAUACUUCUUAUAAUGAGAGAGAUGAUACAAACCGAACGAGACUAUGUGAAGUCGUUGGAGUAUAUAAUAGAGAAUUACAUACCGGAACUAGUGCGAGAGGAUAUACCUCAGGCAUUGAGAGGUCAAAGAAAUGUGAUCUUUGGUAACGUUGAGAAGAUCUAUGAAUUUCAUAGUCAACAUUUUCUACGGGAGUUAGAACAAUGUGAACAAUCGCCAAUGCUCGUGGGACAAUGCUUCCUAAGACACGAAAAGAAAUUCUAUCUCUAUGCUUUAUACAACAAGAACAAACCAAAUUCGGACUCGUUAAUGGCCGAAUAUGGUACGACGUUUUUCAAGCAGAAACAAAUGGAAUUAGGAGAUAAGAUGGAUCUUGCGAGUUAUCUAUUAAAGCCCGUCCAACGAAUGGGCAAAUAUGCGUUGUUGCUUCAACAAUUGGUAAAAGCUGGGACGGAUCUAUCCGAACAAAUGUCUGGUAAAGAUGAGAAAGAAGAAAAAGAGGAUGGCGUUAAACCGGUAGUGGAGGGGGAAGCUGAUUUAAGGGCUGCCGAACAGAUGGUACGGUUCCAACUUAGGCAUGGAAAUGACCUCCUGGCUAUGGACUCCCUCCGAGAUUGCGACGUAAACGUAAAAGAGCAAGGCAGGUUAUUACGGCAAAAUGAAUUCUUGGUCUGGCAAGGCAAAGGAAAGAAGUGUCUUCGUCAAGUUUUCCUCUUUGAAGAUUUAAUACUUUUCAGCAAAGCUAGAAGAUUUCCCGAUAGAAAGAACCUUGAUAUAUACAUCUACAAGCACAGCAUCAAAACGACGGAUAUUGGUUUAACCGCAGUUAUCGCGGAUUCACCAACUAAAUUCGAAAUUUGGUUCCGCAAGAGGAAGCCCGGAGAUACUUACACGUUGCAAUGUGCAAGCGAGGAGAUAAAAAAAGCUUGGACCGAGGAAUUGAGCAAUCUUCUUUGGAAGCAGGCGCUUCGAAACAGAGAAGUGCGCCUGGCGGAGAUGUCGAGCAUGGGCAUAGGAAACAAACCUUGUUUGGACAUUAGGCCUAGCGCUAAUCAAAUAAACGAUCGUUCGAUCAGCGUAGCUCAACUUUCAAAAACACCCAGAUUUAGAAACUCUAUAGCAGUCUCGAUGUCAGAGGAUUCUGGACGUUGCAGUAGAAGACCUCACAGUGUCAUUUCAGUAAGUUCAUCCUCGAGUAGCGGUGGUAGCAGUGGACCACCUACCACUCAUAAUCUCGGUUUGGAUACCAGUCCUCGACCUCAUCAUCGAAGCACUACUUUGAACAGUCAGUGCAGCGUCGAAAGCGGAAUAAUAGCUGAUAUUUCAAUCGUCUCGGACGACGGAGGUGAUGGAACCGAAAGGAGCCAUUGGAAUUCGACGUUGGAAAGUCCAAUGUCGCAUUUACCAACAACAUCGACGCCAUUACAAUCGCCGAGCAGUGCAACGAUGGCAACAGUUACCACAGCUUCUUCCUCGGACACCAAUCUUACGCCUUAUGAUCAAGACAUGUCCAUCAAUCUUUGAACUAUAAAUCGUUCGACGACGUCCAAAGGAGUUGAAACUCUCGAAAGGACAGAAAAUAGAUAACGCGUGGUGUUGAUUCACUCGCAUUAACUACUACAUAAAUACGUCUAUGUCUCUAUCUAUCUAUCUAUCUAUCUAUCUAUCUAUCUAUCUAUCUAUCUAUCUAUCUACCUAUUUACCUAUCUAUCUAUCUAUCUGUCUAUUUCUUUUUUCACACUUUCUUUCUUUCUCUUACUCUUCCACUCUUCCUCUUUCUCUUUCUUUUUCUCUCUUUUACAUUCGAUGUAGCGUGAUGCAUGGUGGUCUAUAAGUGGCAUAUUAGAUAGUUAGGUGCAAAGAGAGAGAGAAAUAAUAUUCUACGGGCGUAACGUAGCGUUUAAACUAUACAAUAAUUUUUCUUCUGCGAAAGUAAUUAUAUCGUUAAAACGAAAUAAACAAGGAAGGAAAACGAAUAAGAAAAAAAAGAAAGAAAGACAGAAAGAAAGACAGAAAGAAAAAGAAUUACGAAAGAAAGAAAGACGAGCAAAAGUUGUGCGUUUGGAACACGAUAAUGUCCAAUCACUAAUCGUUCUUGAAUUACGCUUUUGAAAGACGAUUUCCUCUGCGACCUUCGACCGUUGU